UGGUACCGUAUUGGAACAACAAGAAGCGAUCACAGACACCUAACGUUUUACAUAAACUCAUGCCAAAGAUAUUGUAUAUUGACUCUAGGUCAGAAUAAGUUUGUUAUGUACCAUCUAUUAACGUGGAUUUUACUGAUUUCAAAGUUGUCAUGUACCUCAACGGAAAAGCUGCCGGUUAUUAUCUGGCAUGGGAUGGGUUUGUUAUUUUAUGCGGCUCGCUUAUUUUGAAGGCGAUCGAGGAACGGGUAUGGGUAUUCUGAAGCUAGCUAAAGCAAUACGAGACGAAAUACCUGGGACAUAUGUUAAAUGCAUUACCACCAGCGACUCAGUAAUCCGGGAUAUCGAAGAUACAUAUUUUAUGCCGAUUAAUGAUCAACUGGAUUAUGUUUGUCGUAUGAUACAUGAAGAUGAAAACUUAUCUAAUGGUUUGCAUAUGAUUGGUAUAUCACAGGGUGGAUUAUUUGUUAGAGCAUUAGUCCAAAAAUGCAACUUAUCGAAAGUCGGCACAGUUGUUUCUAUUGGAGGACCUCAACAGGGUAUAUUUGGGAUACCAAAAUGCACAUUUGAUGGCUUUAUUCAUCUGUGCUUAUUAAUGAACGAGCUACUUUCAUAUGGAGCCUAUAUUAAAUUUAUUCAGAGUCACGUUGUUCAAGCUCAGUACUGGCAUGAUCCAUUGGAGGAAGAUGUUUAUCGCAAAUACUCCCAAUUUUUAGCUGAUAUUAAUCAGGAAAACGAAAUAAACGAAAUUUAUCGUGAAAAAAUGAGAAAUAUUCAAAGAUUAGUAUUGGUAAAGUUUUCAAGUGACACUAUUGUAAUCCCAAAAGAAUCUGAAUGGUUUGGAUUUUAUCAGAAUGGAUCAUCGACAAACAUAACAGCAUUACAGGACAGUAUUUUGUAUACUGAAGAUCGUCUAGGCCUCAGAGAACUUAAUAAAAGGGGUGAUUUACAUUUUAUUGAGAAAGAUGGUGAUCAUUUACAUUUUGAUGUGAAUUGGUUUAUUGAAAAAAUUGUUAUUGCUUUUCUGAAAUAAUUUCGAUUAAUAAAAUAUACACUAUUUACUUCGUAAACUUUAGAGUAACAUAUAUAUUAUUUUUGACCAAUCAAUCAAAACAAUUCACAGAAUACAUAAAUCUUUCUUGAUUUUAACAUUUCAUUCAUCUUACAUUUUCUGAAAUAAAGUUACUGGUACAUCAUACACUUUAAAACGUACUCAUUAAACUAAAAGGUUAUCUAUUCUAAAUGACAAUUAAAUUAUUAACUAAUGAUUAAAAUCAAAGCAGAGCCUUCACUUGAAAUAUAAUGACCACUCAAAAAUUGUUUGAAUUGUUUCAAAUCAAGCUUCGAUACUGAUCUGUCAAAGACGAGAUUCACUCUAGUGUUUGGUUAAUUAAAACAAAAAACAACGACCUGAAACAUUUAGUCAAUUGCCUUAUAAGCUAUAAAACAUAACAAUGGACUUAUAAACACAUAAAUCAUAUAAAUAUUCAACGACUGACUGCAUUAAUUCACUCCAAAAACUUAUGAUUAGUUGAUAGAGAGCAUAUAAAUAACAUUAUUACUUUUUCUCUUACUUUAAAUAGAAUAUUCGAUGUGGGUGGAAUAUUUGUAGACAACAUAUUUUUGUCUGUUUUCUUGAAUACGAACAAUACUACGCUCAUUAAAGUGAUGAUAUAUUCAGUUAAACUAUUAAGCUGAUUUACUCUAAUAACUAGUCACGAUCACUAUUCUUUGUGAUCAUUCUCCUGUCAUGUUAAUGUAAGAUAAUCUACCACUACUGUUACCGAUUUCAU